GGGAAACAAUUCCUUGAGCAAAACCCACACAAGAUGCACUCUAAACCACGGGUCGUGUUGUUGAUGUUUACGAUAGCGCUUCUUAUCCACGUGAAUGUCAGUACGGUUUUGAACAGAGCCCGCCGCCUGAUUGACGGUGAAGACAUGGUGGACGGUCUGCCCACGGUGGGCGUGUUGGCCUAUAAAAAUGAGCGCACCCAGGCCAGGCCGUAUUUCAUAUUGUGUACCUUGGUUCUACUGGAUAAAGACUGGGUCCUCACCAGCGCUCACUGCCUGGAUGAAUCGGCCACCCCUCUCAGGGAGGGUGAGACUUUGUAUAUUGUUCUGGGCCUAACAGAUAACAGCUGGGCGUAUAGUCCGAGCGACGUGCAGGAGAGAGGUGUCUUCGAGCAGUCACAGCAUCCUGAGUACUGUGCACGCUUUCUUCUCCACCACGACAUCACCUUGAUGAAAGUGUCUAUACCAUUCACGUUGAAUGACCGGGUUCAGCCGAUAGAGUUGCCACCUGAUGACAUAGAGGACAGUGAGACGGGAACCAAGUGUAACAUUGUGGGCUGGGGAAUAGAAAACUUCCCGAUUACCGAAGAAUCGUUCCCUCGCUAUAUUAAGCAAGGUCGGAUGAGCCUGGGAAGUUGUGAAAACCAGUUUGGAAAUUUACUGGGAGAUGAUCACCUCUGUGCCGUCGGGACAAGCGUCACGCCUUGCAGUGGAGACAGUGGAGCCCCUGUGUUCUGUGAUAUCGGCGGAAAGUCUUAUUUUAUCGGCAUCGACUCCUUCGGGCAGUUUGAAAACUGCGAGGACAACCCAUUACAAGUUCUCACCCGAAUUAGCUAUUUCUUGGACUUUAUUGAGGACACCAUGGAAGAGGAGACAGACGACUGAUUUAACUGUUUACAUUUUUCGUAUCUAAUUAUCUCAGAAACAAACUCACACAAGACAAACGCCAGGUAUUUAUAUACCUGUAUAUUCCUAAUGAGGGAUGGUUAUUAUACACAGGUGGUUGGGGGUAUCUUUAAAACAUAAUUGUGUGACGGGUGUUUUUAACAACCCUAUACGUUUAUACUUAUUUUUAAUGGUGGCAGACAUUUGAUAAAAUUAGAGAUACAUGUACAUUUAAUGAUGUCCAGUCGACUUUCGGUUCCUAGAUGCAUUAUGCAAUCAACGUCGCCGUACAUGAAGUCGGUGUAUAUGCAUGUGUAAUGUAUAUUGAAUCAUCAAUUAUACGACAUCGACAGUCAAAAUACGAACGGCGUAGAGAAUUGUGCAGGCUGGGCUCAAAUUACCAUGGAUAUAAGGAAAGUUCUCCGGGAGGUCUUCACUCCUACAGCAGCAUGGUGUACAUCUAGCUUGUCCAUACAUAUUGUCCUUGGCCUGUGUAUAUACAGAAAUAGUUCUAUCACGGUUUUUAGGGUCGAUUUUGAUAGUUGAGUAAAUGGUUAUUUAUACCUUGUAUGUAAAUAUAUAUUAUACUCUGUUAUCUAGGAACAAUCGUUGAACGCACACCGCAAGUUUGGCCGUUUCCUCAGUUACACACACAAUGCUCAUUGAAGGAGUGAAGCUUGCACGAUCAGUGCCUCUAUAGGCCUAUACUAGCCUAAAUAAAAUAAACAGGCUGAAAUUUUUCACAAAUUAUUCCAGGAAAUGAAAGUAAAGUCCUUAUGCGCGGAAAACGUACAUCAUGCACAUUGCUAAAUAUAUACCCAGAAUGAUGCACGCGUAUAUAUACAUGUAUAAUGUGCAUGUGUGAUUUAAAUAUAGUCAGGCUUCCGAGUUCAUGGUGCAUGCAGUUGACGACCACUUAUAACGGAAAAGCAACUUAGGCCUACGUUGGGCCUGGUCUCACCAGUUUGUUUACAGAGAUGCGGAAUUGAUUAACUAUAUUGUCGGUUUAAAUCGUAAACAUUUUGUUGCAUUUAAAUGAAUCAUACAUAUAUAUAUGCUAAAUUAAGGGAUUAAUAGACCUGGUGCUGGGAAUUAAACAAACAUA